AUGUCCGGCAUUCCCAAUCUCCCAGAGACAUUCGACGAUCUCCCCGACAAACGUCGCUUCUGGCCUGGGACCGCAGGGUCAGAAGAUGAAGGGCUGGGAAUGCUACGCCUUCUAACGCCCGAGCUAGUUGCACAAGCCGCACGAACACAAAUCCAAACUGGCGAGCGGAAACCAGGGUUCGGCCGCAAGCCAUUCGAGCAUCGAGUUCAAUGGGUCGCCGAGGGUAUCGCCUUCGACGACGAGUAUCACUUCAACCCACAGCAAUCUUCCCAGUGGGACGGCCUCCGGCACCACAAUGCGCCAGCCCCAACACCAGAAGAUAAAGACCGGCGCCUUUUCUAUGGCGGCACGACCGCAGAGGAAAUUCUAGAUGAGAACUCGUCACGGAUUGGCAUCGGGUUUUGGGCAAAGAAGGGAAUUGCCGGGCGUGGUGUGCUAAUUGAUUACGUCUCGUACGCGGAGAAGAAAGGCAUUAGUGUGAACGCACUAAGUCGACAGAUGAUUUCACUGGACGAGGUGCAGGAGAUCGCGCGGGAAUGCAACAUUAAAUUCCAAAAGGGCGAUGUCUUUUUCUUGCGGGUUGGUUUGCCUGGGACGUGGGAGCGGAUGUCGGCCGAGGAGCGGGUGGCUUAUAGUCAACAGGGGAUGCCGCAGCAUGCUGGACUCGAACAGAGUGAGCGGGUUUUGCGCUUUAUAUGGGAUAAUCAUUUUGCGGCUGUUGCGUCUGAUGCUGUUAGCUUCGAAGUUUACCCGGCUCUGAACCCUGAGUUUGAUUUGCAUCAUCAUAUUCUGGCUGGGUGGGGUGUUCCUAUUGGGGAGAUGUUUGAUUUGGAUGAGCUGGCUGCAACGUGCAAACGAUUGGGUCGCUGGAGUUUCUUUAUCUCGAGUAGUCCGUUGAACUGCUCUCGGGGAGUUUCUAGUCCGCCUAAUUGCAUGGCUAUUUUUUAG